GAAGCUGUGAUAUUUUUCGUAUUAAUACUAAUUUAUCACAACAAAACCAGUUUAUAAAACACAACCUUGACUGUUCAGUUUUUAAUAAUUAUGUUGGUAGUUGCAGCUUUUAUCCUAACAGCCGUUUUAUAUUUUGUCUUCAAAAAACAUCAUACGGAAAAUGGGUUACAUAAAUUUCCCGAACCCCCGGGAAAUUUCUUCGUAGGACACAUACUGCAAGCACCGUCUACUGAAAAUGCAAUAGCAGUCACAAGCAAGUUUCUCGACUACGGAAAGACUAUCAGACUGAGGUGUGGUCCAGCUGCUUGUCCCAUAAUCGAAGGCCUCGUAACGAAAGAUUACAACCUCAUCGAAUUCAUUCUAAGCAGCAACAAAAUCUUGACGAAAUCUGAAAAUUAUAAAUUCUUGAGCGCUUGGUUGAGAAACGGACUGUUGUUGAGCGAUGGCGAUUACUGGAAAAGACACAGAAAAAUUUUAACCCCGGCUUUCCAUUUCGAGAUACUCAAACAAUUCGUAGAUGUUUUUGAAUCGGUGGGGGACAUUUUCGUCAAAAAAUUAGAAAAAUAUGAAGGAAUGUCAAGCGUGGAUUUACACCCACUGGUUAUUCUUCUAACGCUUGACAUUAUCUCUGAGACCGCCAUGGGUACGAAAAUUGACGUCCAAAGUGGCCACAACUCACACUACUUGAAGAGUGUGAAAGAAAUUUGUAGAAUCGUCAUAGAAAGAGCUUUUUCUCCGAUAAGUGCGUUCGACUUUAGUUUCUGGUUAUGUAAAGACUACUACAAACAAAAGAAAGCGUUGAAGGUUUUACACGGUUUUACGUCAGAGGUGCUCAAUUCCAAAAAAGGACAAGUUUUUGAAAAGACAACGAAAAAAAUGGCGUUCUUGGAUCUGCUUUUGAAGUUUUCUCGCGACGAUGAUGUUCUUAGUUACGAUGAGAUUCGCGAGGAAGUUGAUACUUUCAUGUUUGAGGGACAUGACACAACAGCUGCUGGUAUUUGUUUCAUAUUGUAUUGUUUGGCUGACCAUCCUGAUGUCCAGGCGAAAGUGCUCCAAGAGCAAAAAGCGUUGUUCGGUGAUGAGAAAAAUCCAGCGGUGGCUUAUUCAGACUUACAAAACAUGAAAUAUCUAGAGUGCGUUAUCAAAGAAACCUGUCGGUUGUAUCCUCCAGUUCCGGUAAUAGGACGAUAUACAACAGAAGAAGUCAAUUUUGAAGGUUAUUUAAUACCCAAAAGAACUAAUAUUGUUUUGUUUAUUUACGCUUUGCAUAGAAAUCCGGACUUUUUUCCGGAACCGGAAAAAUUCAGACCCGAAAGAUUCGAAAAUUUUCACACUUCUUUUCCUUAUGCCUAUAUUCCCUUUAGCGCCGGUGCUAGAAACUGUAUUGGUCAAAAGUUCGCCAUGUUGGAAAUGAAAAGCGUCAUUUCGAAAGUUGUUAGACAUUUUGAAGUUAAACCAACUCAGCCCAGACACGAACUGAAACUGUCUGUGGAAGCGGUUUUGAAAUCAGUAAAUGGAAUUAAGGUUGUGUUGAAAAAGCGACAUUAUACGACGCCUAUGGGUUCUCGUAUGUACGGCGAUGAUGACUCAUCGUUGAUGUCGGCAGCCGGGUGGCGUUCGCUAAAGAAAAUCCUGGAAGCGGAACUCGAGAUUAUUCAGUCAGCCACAAUUUGCAAAGUGUAUUGGUUAUGUUCGUCAGUGCACUUUGCCAUGCUGUUGUAUGCAGUAAUACUCGCAUUAUUUUGCGUAUAUUUGUAUCUAAAUAAAUCUUCAAAUCGAAAUGAUUUAUGUAAAUUUCCUGAACCUCCAGGACAUCCACUUUUAGGUCAUUUGUCCACUAUAACAUCAACCACAAGCGUAAUAUACAACUUAUCCCAGUAUAUCGAAAAUUAUGGCAACACUUUGAAAAUGAAUAUAGGACCAUCAGUUUUUCCCUUAUCGAAAAGUCUGGUGACCAUCGACUAUAAAUUUGUUAAAUUCGUUUUAAGCCAGAAUAAAAUUUUGAAAAAAUCACUAAAUUACAAGUUCUUGCGACGCUGGUUGGGAAAUGGAUUGCUGAUAAGCGACGGCGAUUACUGGAGAAGACACAGGAAAAUUUUGACACUGGCUUUUCACACUGAGAUAUUGAAAGAUUUUGUUGGAGUUUUUGAAUCAAUGGGUGAUGUUCUGAUCGCAAAAUUGGGAAAGUAUGACGGUAAAUCCAGCGUUGACGUCCAUCGUUUGGUCACUUUGUGUACCCUAGACACAAUCUGUGAAACUGCAAUGGGUACAGAAAUGAACGUCCAAAGUGGGGAAAAUUCACAGUAUGUGCAAAGUGUGCAACAGAUGGGUCGAAUCGUCAUUGAAAGAUCCUUGUCGUUAAUGAAAGUUUCGAAAUACACAUUUUGGUUGUCCAGAGACUACUACAUUCAGAAGAAUGCACUAAAAAUUUUACACGGUUUUACGCUAAGUGUCAUCGAUUCCAAAAGAACCAAACCUGUUGAAAAAGCAACCAAAAGAAUGGCUUUCUUAGAUUUGCUUCUAAAAGUCUCCCACGACGAAAAUAUCCUCACGAUCGGUGAACUUCAAGAAGAAGUGGAUACGUUUAUGUUCGAGGGACACGAUACAACAGCUUCUGGUAUUUCUUUCAUUUUGUAUUGUUUGGCCGACCAUCCUGAAGAACAGGAAAAAGUUCUGCAAGAGCAAAAACAACUGUUCGGAGACGAGAAAAACCCCCCAGUAACUUAUUCAGAUUUACAAGACAUGAAAUAUUUAGAAUGCGUUAUUAAGGAAACAUUUCGUUUGUAUCCUCCAGUGCCAAUUAUUGGAAGAUACACAACAGAAGAAAUUAAAUUUGACGAUACUGUAAUACCCAAAAACACCAACAUUGUUUGUUUCAUCUACGGCUUACACAGAAGCUCGGAAUUUUUUCCAGAGCCGGAAAAAUUCAAACCUGAAAGGUUCCAAAAUUUUAACAGUGCUUUUCCUUAUGCCUACAUUCCGUUCAGUGCCGGUCCAAGAAAUUGUAUCGGUCAAAGAUUCGCCAUGUUGGAAACGAAAAGCAUAAUUUCGAAAAUCGUGAGGCAUUUUGAAAUAAAACCAACUUUGCCGAGACACGAGUUGAAAUUAUCAGUGGAAACUGUCCUGAAAUCGGUCAAUGGAAUUAAAGUUACACUUAAAAAACGAAAAUGAUGCAGUUGGUUUUUGUUUGAUUGCAGUAAUUGCUAUUUAUACCUUUAUAGCUCUUAUGUCUAGAAAUAAUCAUGCUGGAAUUUAAAGAGAUUACGUCUUAGGCUAAUCUCCCUAGGUGGCAAAUUCAUUUGUAAGAAAUUUGUAGGUUA